AUGGCUACUUCAGACUUGGAUCAGCUCAUUGAAAUGGGCUUCGAUAAAGAGAGAGCGGAGCUGGCGGUGGCAAGAACCGGUGGUCUCCAAGGAGCUUUAGAGUGGCUUGAGGAAAACCAAGACAAGUCGUUGGAGGAAAUAAAGGCUGCUGGGUCGAAAGAAGGGGAGAAUGAGGAGGGGCCCGCGUUGCAACCCGGUGAAGAACCCCGCAGUCUGGCUUGUAACGAAUGUGGCAAAAAGUUCCGCAGCCAGGCACAGGCAGAAUUCCACGCAUCUAAGUCCGGGCAUGUGGACUUCUCAGAGUCAACGGAAGAGAUCGCACCCUUGACAGAAGAGGAGAAGAAGGCCAGAUUGGAGGAGCUCCGGCAGAAGUUGGCCGCAAAGCGAGCGGUACAGGCUGAGCAGGAUAAACUAGAUCAGAAAAGGAAUGAGGAAAUUCGACGGAAGAGCACCAAAGAAUCGCAAGACAUCAAGGAAGAGCUGCAGAGGAAACAGAUGAUGAAGGAAGCGGCCAAGAAGAAGCAAGAGAAACUGGAGGAACUUGAAGUCAAGCGUCGCAUUAAAGCCAGGAUCGAAGCGGAUAAAGAAGAGCGGAGACUGAGAGCUGAGCGGGAGAAAGCGGAGCGUGCCGGCAUGGCACCUCCUGCACAACAAGCUGCUCCAGCGCCUACAACCUCGGGACCUGUUGCUUCCAAGCCCGCAGCUGCUUACACUGAGACUCGACUGAGAUUCCAGACGCCCAAGGGGAACGUCAUGAAAACAAUGCCCGUCACUACUACCUUGUUCGAAGUUGCCGCAGCCUUGCAACAGGAGGACGGCAUUGAGGUGCAAAGCUUCGUGCAAAACUUUCCUAGAAAAGUGUACAACGCCGAGUUCUUCGGUGAGUCUCUAAAAGACCUUGGACUUAUUCCCAGCGCCAGUCUUAUAGUCCAGUAA